AUGGAGGCCACUAUACAAGCAGUACUGGAGCUGUCAAUACCACCACUGAGAGGCAAGAAAUAUCCUCCGCUGCCACUGCGGCUAUGCCUGUCUAUGCAGUGCCAUAUCAGGACAUUGGCUUUUAUAAUAUUAUCUCUCCACUUUAGGAAGCUGGUUUACCAGUUUGAAACGGGCACCUUCCCACAUAACAGGAAUGUGAAACUUCUGGUUAAUAUAGAAGUUCCAUUCAGCACCAUAGUUGGUCUUCAUGCCCACUUCAGUACCAUCCAGGUGGAAGUGAACAGAGCUCCGUAUAUUUUUCCUGGUUACAAGCUGGUAACCGAGGGAAGCUCCUACCAACCUUUCUUUCAUACCAGGCAUAUAAAUGACCACUGUGAUGUCACUGGGGGUCAGUUUAAGACCUGUCCAUACCACAAGAUAACUUUGAAGAUGAACACGGCUUUAAACUUCAAGAAAUAUUUGUCUGGUUUUGAUGAGAGACUAGAUGGAUUGUUUAAGAAGCCAUUCAUUGAGCUCACUGGCAAAACUCUGCCAGUUGUUUCAGGGUUUGGGGAAGGAAAUAACAUUUAUCCUGGCAUAGAUUUUUCUAAUCCUAUUGAAGAACCAACAAAGACCCCAGUCAUGCUUACAUCACAGUUAGAAGGCAGUGCCAGAUGUGAAUGCACUGUGUCUGGUGCAGAGGGAGGCAUUUGCUCCACCCUGUCAUGUGGAUGCUUGUCUUUGGGAAAGAAAUGCAGUGAUUGCCAGUGUAUUGGGUGCACAAACCCUUUGAAUAUCCUCACUCAAGUUGGCAUUGGACUGCAAGAAAUACAAGAUGACCCUUGUUUAUUUCAAAAUCUGACCAAGAUUCAGAACCUUCCCCAGUAUCUGGAGUGUAACAUACAUUUCCCCUGCUGUGGAUGUAGUGCCAAGCUGAAGUACUGUAUCCCCUCCACAGUGCUGUGUCCCAACUAUCCUGCUUGCAAACAGGCAUACAAGUACUCUUGGUGUAUAGGUGAGUUGUGCAGUGAAGUAGACAGCCCCAGGAAUCAUUGUGUUGAAUGCAAGUACUGCAGGAGAACUGGAGAUGUGCAUUGUCAGAAGUGCAAGAGAUGUUACUUCUCAGGGCCAAGUGGAUUCCGUUGUCCAGGAUGUACGGAGACAGACCUAAACAGUAGCUCUCCAAACCACCUGAUAGACCUGUUUAACGCCAUGGUGACAGACAUGAAGACAUGGAACAGUGACACUGCUUAAAUGUCAUUUGGAAAAGGAAAGGACUGUCUUGUCAACAUGAUGGCAGGCUUGGACCACAGAAAAAAGGGACAGGUUGAUUUGGUUGGAAAAACUAAUCGUCGAUAGUGACUGUGCAUUUUGGUUUGACUAAAGGGCUUUGUAUACCAUUGUAACUGUGAACCAUGGCAACAGGGAUUUGUUACCUCUUGUUUACAUGGAAUAUUUGACACCUAGAAAAAAGUCCUAUCAGAUGUAUAGGAGUUUUGUGAUACAGUGAUUUGUCAGCUCUUGUUUACAUGGAAUGUUUGAAACCUAGAAAAAGUUGUAUUAGAUAUAUAGGACAGUUUUGAGGCAACAGUGAUUUGU